CGAUCGAUUUGUUUUGUUUUGUUGAAAGUAUUUCUGGUUUCAUCACUUUGAGUAUUUCCUUUAUUUUGUUGUUUUUCGUUUUUGAAAAGUAUUUCUAUUUUCUAAAACAAGAAUGUUUUCGUCUAGUUUAUUAUCGAUGGAUACCGAUGAUUAUGAUAAUCGAUCACUAAAUGAUGAUGAUGAUAAUUUAAAGUUAAUCGAAUUGGAUGAAAUUGAAAAUCAUUUAAUCAAAUUUAUUCAAUCAUUGCGAACGGAUAAAUAUGAUGCAAUCAUCGCCAAAUAUUCCAAUUCAAACAACAACAACAGCGAAAAUUCUCUAUCAUUUCCAACAAAUAUUUCAAUGAUACGAACCACACCAAAUAUCGAAUUGGAUAAAAUUAUUAAUGAUAACGAUCAUCAUAAUUAUCAAAUGAUAUUAUCCAGAUUAGAUCAAAUGGAAACAAAAGUUGAUGAUUUUACAAAAAAAUUGGAUAAAAUCAUCGAACAUUAUCAUAAUCAUCAUCAUUCAUCGAAUUUUAAUGAAAACGAAAAAAAUCGAUCAAUCAAUAAUGAUGAUGAUUUGGAACAAUCAAUGAAUUCAUCGAAAUUCCUAAAUUCAUUGUCCGAAGAACAAGAAGAUGAAGUAGAAGAAUCCAAUUCCAUCUUGUUAACAAUCGAAGAUGAUUCAUCAAUCAUUUCGGAAUAUUUUUCACUAGAUGAUAAUGAUAAUGAUCAUUCGGACAACAACAACAGUGAAACAAAUGAAAAUUUUGAUACUUUUCGACCACUUUUGACAAGAAUUUCAACAAAUAAAAAAUCGAAUGAUAAUCCAUCGAAUUAUUAUUUAAAAUCAAUGAAAAUUAAUCAAAAAAAGAAAAUUAAUAUUAAUGAUAAUGUUGAUGAUAAUGAUAAUAUCGAAAAACUUUCUUGUUCCAAAUGUUCAUUCAAAUUUGAUUCAUCAAAUGAAUUAUUACGUCAUCACCGAACACAUCAACCAAAUCGUAAACAUAUUUGUUAUAUUUGUGGUUAUCGUUUUAAAAGAAAAUCUCAUCUUGAUCGACAUCGACGUAUACAUUCAGGUGAUAAAGGAUACAAGUGUGAUCAAUGUCGAUAUUCAACUGUAGACCAAUCAGAUUUAAAAAAACAUAUCCGUGUACAUACAGGUGAUAAACCGUACAAAUGUGAUAAAUGUCAGUAUGCAACUUCAAACAAAUCUAAUUUACAAAAACAUAUUGGUCGUUUCCAUUCUUCUGAUAUGCAAUACAAAUGUAAUAAAUGUGAAUAUAGAUUUGAUUCAGAGAAAAAAUUAAAUAAUCAUAUUCGCCUUAUGCAUACCACUAAUGAUGAUAAUAAUGAUGGAAAGAGAAAACAUCAAUGUAAUAUUUGUUCCAAAACAUUUGUAUGUAAAUCAAAACUUGAACGCCAUAAACUUAUUCAUACAGAUGAAAAGCAAUUCUGUUGUCAAUAUUGUCAUCGCAGAUUUCGUCGUAAAGAUCAUCUUCAAAAUCAUAUGAAAAGUUCGAUUCAUAAUGAUCGAUUCAAUUGAUUUUUUUCAAAUCAAGAUUCAAAAACAAAACAAAAAUUGAAAAUAUUUUCUUAAACUACUAAACUUUGACGAUAGAUGGCGUUAGUGUUUC